AUGGCGCUGUGCGGCCGCUCCGCGCUCCUCCCGCCGCCCCCGCGCCACCGCGCCCGGCCCCGCAACCCCGCCGCCUCCGUCAGCUGCAGCCGCCUCCGAAACAUCCAGAGUAUCCUGACACAGAGCAGCAAAUCCCAGCCCGAUGGAAUCCUCUGCAUUUUAGGGAUAGACAGUCGAUACAACGAAGGCUGCAGGGAGCUGGCAAACUACCUUCUCUUUGGCUUGUACAACCAGAACAACAAUGACUUUGAGAGGACAGGCUUUCCUGAGGAGGUGCUUGAUGAUAUAAUCAUAUUAAUCAAACCUGACAGUGUUCAUCUGUACUGCAACCCUGUGAAUUAUAACCAGCUCCUGCCCUAUGUGGCUCACUGGAGGAACCUGCAUUUUCACUGUCUCACUGAAAAUGAGUAUGAAGACGAAGAAGCCGCAGAGGAAUUCAAGAUCUCCAGCUUUGUGGACAUGGUCCGGGACUGCAGCCGGAUCGGGAUUCCCUACAGCUGCCAGGGUCACCUGCAGAUAUUUGACAUGUUCAUCGUGGAGAAGUGGCCGAUCGUUCAGGCCUUUGCUCUGGAGGGGAUCGGGGGUGACGGCUUCUUCACCAUGAAAUACGAGUUGAUGGAUGUCAGCGUUGAUUUGUGGAAGACCUACAGCAAAAUGGAUCCUGUUUCCUUGGAGGAUUUGCUCUUUGAGGAUUUAAUGAUUUUUGAACGCCAGUGGACCAACUUUUUUGCUAAUUUUGACACCGAAAUUCCCUUCAUUCUGGAGCUCUCGGAAUCCCAGGCAGGGGAGCCCUUCAGAAGUUAUUUCAGCCACGGCAUGAUCUCAAGCCACAUAACAGAUAACAGCCCCAGCCGGCAGCCCUUUGUCCUCUUUGGCAGCCACUCCACCAAGGAAAACCUGAACUCUGGUAACUUUAAUUUUCCAUCAGAAGGACACCUUGUUCGAAACACUGGCCUUGGUGGGAGCACUGCCAAGCACAUGGUAGUGCAGUGUGUGUCUCCCAAGGGACCUCUGGCUUGUUCAAGGACCUAUUUUUUUGGGACCAGUCACGUUCCUUUCCUGGGAAACGACAAUGAGGUGCACAAGGAAGCUGAUCAAGUUGCUCUGUUGUCGCAAAUCUAUUCUGCUGUUGUAGAGGCUGUGCUUGCUGGCAUUGAGUGCUAUGCUAAAACUUCCACUGAAUCCAAGGCAAAGGAGGUGGCAGAGCAGGUGCUCAUGGCUGUGCUAGACACCCUUUGCUUGACACAGCUCAAAUCUGCUUUACGCUCCAAAAUUGCUUUUCACAUUCAGGCUGUGAACAAUCAUGGAAGAAUUACCCCGUUAGAUAACGAGGACAGCCUGAGUUUGAUCAAAACGGCUUCCAUGAUGGUGUUUGACAUUCCCGACUUGCUCACGGGAAGAGGAUGUUUGGGAUCUGUUGUGUUUUCAGAGUCCUUUCUGACAUCACAGAUACAAGUCAAAGAAAAAGAUGGCAGCAUUACUCCAGAAACCAGCCACGUUGUCCUGACUGCAGGAAUCCCGAGGUUCACGUCCUGGCUGGUUGAAGACAGUGAUGUGAAACUCUCUGAAAAGGCACAACACGUGUUGAAGGAGGAUAAAUCUUUCCUGGGCACUUUACUCACUGGAGGGGAUGGAGUGUAUCUUUGUUCCAGCAAUCCACAGGCCAUGCCUGCAGAAGGUAAACUGUACUUCUUUUCUGAUGGCAUCCUCUUUGCUCAUCCCCACCACGGCAGCAUUUCCAUUUCCAAGAGCCACAUGAGUUCCAUCUCCCUCUAUGAUGGGGAUUCGAACAGUGUUGUUGCUGCUCUCUUCAUAGACUUCAAAAGUUCCCUGCUUCCUCACCUCCCAGUUGAAUUCCAUACCCAGAACAACUUUCUGAUGAUUGCACUUUUCCCCAAAAGAAAGAUUUAUAAAGCUUUUUACUCACAGGUUUUCUCCUUGUGGCAAAACCAGACAAGCUCAGGAUUAUCUUUAAGGGUUGUCCAGGAAGAAUUCCUGUCUGUGGAACAAAAGAGAAUGCAUUCCAGUGUUCAGAAGCUCUUCAAUGCCUUGUCUUUUCCUUCUGGGGAAAGAUGCAGGGAGCUGAAAUUAUCCGCUGCCCUUCCAGAAUUGGAGAGGUUUGUGAGACAUUUCACCAUCAGCAGCGUCAGCAACAAGCCAGUGGUGAGGGCACAUCUCCCUGUUUUGUUGCAACAGUCAGAAACCACUCCUGAGAGCAAAGCAGAGAGUGAGAAGGUGAUCAUCACCAUCCUCACUGGGCUCCCAGGGUGUCGUUCCAGUGAUCUCUGUGCUUUCCUUGUCACCUUUACCAAGGAGUAUGGAAGGUGGAUUGUUUAUAGGCAAACCAUGGAUAGUCCAGAAUGUUUCAGUGCCACCCACUUCCAGAGGUACCUGUCCGGGGUCCUGGAGGCUCAGCAGAACCUCGGGGGCCGUCAGUCCAUGUUCUCCAAAAAGAACAAGAGGCUCCUGGUGGUCCUGCAGGGAUACACUGAUGUUAUUGAUGUUGUACAAGCUCUGCAGACUCACCCUGACCCAGAUGUGAAAUCUUCCUUCCUCAUUGGAGCAGUGAACACCUGUGUGGAGCCCCUGAGCUGCUACAUGGAGCACAGGCUUCUUUUUCCCAAGUUCUUGGACCAGUGUUCCCAAGGACUAGUGAGUAAUGUGGUUUUCACAAGUCAUGCUACAGAGCAGAGACAUCCCCUCCUUGUGCAGCUGCAGAGCUUGAUCCGAGCAGCAAAUCCUGCUGUUUCCUUCAUCCUGGCAGAGAAUGGAAUUGUGACAAGGAACGAGGAUAUUGAAUUAAUUCUCUCAGAAAGCAGUUUUUCAAGUCCUCAGAUGAUGAGAGCUCGAUAUUUAAUGUACCCUGGCUGGUACGAAGGCAAGUACGGGGCCGGGCCCGUGUUCCCCCCCAUGGUGCAGAUCUGUGUGUGGUUCAGCCGCCCCCUGGAGAAGACCCGAUUCGUGGCCAAAUGCAAAGCCAUUAAGUCGUUGCUCAAGCCAAGCCCCUUUUCUGGGAACAUUUAUCACAUCAUGGGCAAAGUGAAGUUUUCAGACUCUGACAAAGUGAUUGAGGUCUGUCACAACACCUCGUCCAAUUCCCUGAGCCUGGUGCCUGUCCAGGAGGGGCCAACUCCUCCUGACUCCAGAAAUGAUCCCAGAGACUGCAGCAGUCAACAGGAAUACUUCCUUGUGUUCAUUGGCUGCUCCCUGAAGGAAGAGGAUAUCAAAGAUUGGCUCAGAGAAACUGCAAAACAGAAACCUCAGAGGAAAGCCCUGAAAACCAGAGGAAUGUUGACCCUUCAGGAAAUAAAGAACAUUCACGUGAAACGUCACUUGGAUCCGCUCCCAGCUGGUUAUUUUUACAACGGGACUCAAUUUGUGAAUUUCUUUGGUGACAAAAUGGAUUUUCAUCCCUUAAUGGACCAAUUCAUGAAUGAUUACCUGGAAGAAGCCAACAGGGAGAUCGAGAAGUACAACAGGGAGCUGGAGGAGCAGGAGUACCACGACCUCUUUGAGCAGAAGACAUAAAGCACGUGGGUCCUGGGGGUUUCCAAACCACCCAAAAUGCUCUUUGUCCUUGCUGGGUCACUAGAAUUUGAGGGAAUUGUCUGUUUGUUCAGCACUCCUUUCCAAACUAAGAGAUCAUUCCUGUAAGGUUGGCGUUUAACACGGGAUCUGCUUUAGCUGUGUGUCCUGUCAGGUUUGCUUCCACUUCACCUUAAUUCCAGACUGUCCAAAGCAUCACCUGGAAUCUCUGGGGGGGGUUGUGGGGACUUGUUCAAAAGAAGAACGAGAAGAAGAAGAAGAAAAAGAAGAAGAAAAGAAGCAAAACUUUAUUUAUUUCCUGUAGUUGGGAAUGUAAUCGUGGAAUUGGGCUUUGUGCAGAGAAUCAAACUGCUCUGGGUGUCCCUUGGAAUUUGUGGCAUAGGAGCAUCAGUGAGCAGUGCUGGAUAUCAGGGUGUGGGAUUGGGGGUGUUCCCAAAGCCAGAAAUGGGGGAACACUUACUCAGAGAAGUGUUCAAUCUCACAGCUGUGGGGUGUUCCCAAAGCGAGAAAUGGGGGAACAUUGGGAAAAAUGUAGAAGAGUCCCCAAUCCCACAGCUGUGAGGUGUUCCCAAAGUGAGAAAUGGGGGAACACUGGGAGGAACUCUGAAGAGUCCCCAAUCCCACAGCUUUUAGGAUGUUCCCAAAGUGAGAAAUGGGGGAACGAUUCAAAAACUUAGGAUCUGUAAAUCUGCAGCUGCCAGGAUAUUCUCAAAGUGAGAAAAUCGGGAACAGUUACUCAAAAAAGACCCUAAUCCCACAGUUGUCGGGGUGUUCCCGAAGGGAAAAAUGGGGAGAUAAAGAAUUUAGAAGAAUAACCAAUCCCACUGCUGUUGGGGUGUUCCCAAAGCAAGAAAUGGGGGAAAAUUUCAGAAACUCAGAAUUCCUAAACCUACAGCUGUUGGGGCGUUCCCAAAGUGAGAAAAGGGGGAAUGAUUCAAAAAUUUAGAAUCCCUAAAUCUGCAGGUGUCAGGGUGUUCCCAAAGCGAGAAGUGGGGGAACAGUUACUUGAAAAAGUCCCUACUCCUGCAGGUUUUAGGGUGUUCCCAAAGCGAGAAAUGGGGGAGCAAUUCAGAAACUUGGAAUCCCUAAAUCUGCAGCUGUGGGGAUGUUCCCAAAGUGAGAAAUGGGGGAACAGUGGGAAAAAGACAGAAGAGUCCCCAGUCCCACAGCUGUCAGGGUGUUCCCAAAGUGGGAAAUUGGGGAACACUUCCUUGAAAGGGUCUCCUUGUCCCACAGCUGUGGGGUGUUCCCAAAGCGAGAAAUGGGGGAACAAUGGGAAGAACUCUGAAGAGUCCCCAAUCCCACAGCUGUUGGAAUGUUCCCAAAAUGACAAAUGGGGGAACAGUGGGAAAAAUGCAGAAGAGUCCCUGAUCCCACAGCUUUUAGGUUGUUCCCAAAGCGAGAAAUGGGGGAACAAUGGGAAGAACACAGAAGAGUCCCCAGUCCCACAGCUGGCAGGGUGUUCCCAAAGCGAGAAAUGGGGGAACAUUUGAAAACUCAGAAUUCCUAAUCCCACAGCUGUUGGGGUGUUCCCAAAGUGAGAGAUGGGGGAAGGAUUCAAAAACUUGGAAUCCCUAAACCUACAGCUGUCGGGAUGUUCCCAAAGUGAGAAAUGGGGGAACACUCACUCAGAAAAGCCCCCAGUCCCACAGCUGUGGGGUGUUCCCAAAGUGAGAAGUGAAGGAACACUCCAGCCCUGCACAGCCCUCGGAGGUCUCACCCUCUGCACAGUUUGAUCUGCACUCGAAAUUCCGACUUUUCUAAAGGAAAGGUUUUUAUACAUUUCGGGGGGGGGGGGGGGGGAAAUCGGUGGAGAAAUCCUAAUUUCUUCCCAGUGCUCUUUUUGGGGUUCCAGGAAAUAUUCCAUGGUUGGGCUGCUUCCACACCUUGCUGUUGCUUAUUCCGGUCCUUAUAUAAGCGAGGCGAGGGAAGAGGGAGAUCCUUUAGCUGAAGGAUUCCUUUUCAUGGAAAACACUGAUUUCCAAAGGUAAAAAAUAGAAAAGGAUGGACUUGAAACAGGGAGGAAGUUUUUCGUGGGGCUUCCAGAAGGAUUUGAUAUAAAUCAAGUUUUAUGGUUCCUAAAUGCUACAACAGGAAUGUUGGCGGCUUGUCCUAACUUAGCUCAGUUUAAUUUUAAGUCAGGCCCUCGUAAAUCACUGACUGAAGGUUUAUAAAGUACCUCAGCAGCUACUUACAGGUAUUAAUUACAGGUAUUAAUUAGUGGAGCUUAUUGGAAUGAGCAGAUGGUGUGGUCAGAAUUUAGGUGGGAAGAGCCCAGGAAGGGUUUUUUAUUUUCAUAGUCCUGCCCCUGAGGGACAGUUCAGUCUUUUAAUACAACUGUAACUUUUAUUUUGUUGGUCAGAUCUGUGUAAAACAGUGAGAAAUGGAACGAAGAGUCUCUUGAAGUAUUUAAAAUACUUACAAAGUGUCUGCACAGUCUCGUUCCGUGGCAGGAAAAUGAGAUUUAACCAUCCAACCUAAGGCUGAUUCCAAUUUAUGCCUCUCUGAUUUUUUUGCCUUUGGAAUAAUAUGAGAUGGCUGAAAUUUCAAUAACCUGAAACGUCCUUCAGGUGGUUUCAGCCCUUUUAGGUGGUUUCACCCUGGAAUUCCAGGUGCUGCAGGCUGGGAUGGAGACAUUGCUAAGGUUUCAUUCCCAGUUUUCCCUCCCUAGAUUUAAAAAGCCGAAUUUAGGACUUUAUUGUUUUUAAGUUUUUUUUGCACACCACGAGACUUUAUAUAAACUCCUUGUGUCCUGUUAGAGGCCAGUAAGAGCCAGCAAUUAGUUUGUGUUUUAGGCUUCCCAGGAUAUUCCCUGGAUCCCAGGGGUGGAGCAUCCUGAGAAGGCUCGUGAGUUUAUCUAUGCAUGGCUAAACUUUAUAGUCUUAAUAUCCUGUAGUGCCUGUAGAGCAGAGGUAGCAAAGCAGUGGAUUUGGGGGAGGGGGGAGGGGAGGGCUGGCAGGUGUUCACAGCUAAAACAGAUGGAAUUAUGGAUUCCAGAAUUCCUGGAGUCAUCCAAUCCUGGCUGCAAUAAAAAGGGGGCGUUAGGGAAUCGAAAUCAAAUUCAGAGUUGUGUCGCCGAUAAAACUCAUCGACCUGCUCCUUUCCAGCCCCGGUUGUCUCAUCUGCAAAGCCAUAUUUCUAGAGUUAGUGGGAUGACUGUGUAAUGUCAGAAGAAAUUCCAGAGGUUGGGACUUUGUGGUGGAGGCUUUGUCUCGACUCCUGAGUAAAAAAAAGAGUAGAUUUAAGUGCAAUUGUUUGAAAAAUAGAUGAAGAUGCUGUAGCUGCUGGGGCUCUGCUGAACUCUUUUUAAGAACUCCAAUUUGUGCAAGCUCUCAAAUCCAUGCUGAUGGGGCUGAUCCAAGCUGGGAUUCCGAAGCCCUGUGAACAAAAAACAAAGAAGAAAAGGAAAUAAAUAUCGAAAAUUGGGUGGUUUUACUGUGCAAAUUGAGCUGUUCCUUAAAAACUGGAGCAGGAGAGCUCAGAAUAAAGGCCUAGUAUCCUUCUCUGCUGUGCUGCAUGUUCAUGGUCAUAGCUGUGUAUUUACAAAAAAAAAAAAGACCUUUCACCAGACUGGGAAAUAGCUCAAUUCAUGUAUUUUUGGUAUUGAAAGAAAUUACCUCAAUUUUUACUUUUUAUUUUUUUUUUUUGAACUGUGACUUUUCAACCAGAAUUUAAAACAAAACAAACAAACAAACAAAAAUACUGAAAUAGUGAAACUGUGACAGUUGGUAUCCUUGAAAAACGUUGUAGUGCCUUGGAGUGACACCAUUUAUUCCCCAAAUAAAUGAGUGUCGGGGGGGGGGGUUGAAUCCCCCCCCCCAUUUUUCUUUUUUUAAAGGAAAAACAGUUUUGGUGAAAGGACUUAACAAAUUUAACCUAGUGACAGAUAUAUAGCACAACUGGUUAAACUGUUGAAAAGAAAACUCUUUGAGGACUAAAAAUGUGUCAAUGCCUGAUGCUGCUGAUAUUUAAGAGCGGCUGCUGAUUGUUGGGGGGUUAUUUCUGAACAAUCAGCAGAGCUUUUGGUUUUUUUUUUUAUAGAAAAGUGUAACUUUUGUACUCUGGUCAGAGCUGUUUGUACUGUAUCAACCCCCAUCCAAGGGGGAAUCUGAUUCCUCCCUCUCUGGAAGUCGAGGUGAGGAUGGAGCGACUCCCAAGGAUCUAAUUUUUGAAUAUUUUUAGCUACUGUACGACUUCAAAAAAAAAAGAACAACAACAAAAAAAAGCACCAUUUGAACCCACCAAUGUUUGGAUGCAGCAAAAGUGCCAUUACACUUCCUUUCUCUUUUAACGUGUCGGGAAAAUUUGUGUCCAGGCAUUUUUUUUGUGAUCCUUGGGAACAAAAAAAAAAGUGCUGAGAGUCCUCAAGGGGUUUCCACGCUUCGCUGAUCUCCACGUGAGCAGCUUGUGGUGGUGUUUUUUAUUUCUUUCUCCUCACCAGGAAUGAGUGUGAUCAGAAGUUACUGAAGUUAUAGGGAGAAAAAAAAAAUAAUAAAAAAUAAAUAAAAAUGUGAGAAACUUAGGAGAGGAACCUUUGCAGCUUGAGCUGCUCUGCAACCCGGGAGUAUUUGAUAUUAAUCCGUGCAAUUUGGUAUUUAAUCCACUUUUUUUUUUACACUUUGCAUUAACACAACCGGUUGCAGGGGGGAGUUGAGUUGCGUGUUAAGUUCCCUCAUAAGUUGUUUUGGUUUUUUUUUUGUUUGUUGUUUUGCUUGGUUUUAUUUUUAAUUAUCGUUAUUUUUUAACGGAAAACUUGUCUGAAUUUGCACAGAAAAUUUAAGCUCUGGAAUACUUUGGUAUUUCUGAAAAAGGGAAAAGAGAAAAAAAAAAUUGUGGCUAGUAUAGUGAAUUGUAUAAACUGUGAGUUGGUAGAACCACGUGGUCGAUCUAAUCGUAGAUUGUUCAAGAUGUACCUCAGAAAGCUCUGGGUUGUUUUUUUUUUCCACAGCACUCAGAUGUAACACUUCUCACUUGACAACGUGCCAAAAUUCACUUUUAUACUAGUUCUCAAUGCUUUAAUAUUUGCAACUUUAAGUUAAAAA